GUUAGUAUUAUUUUGUCUAUUUUUCGGUUAUGUCAGGAUAUUAAAAGAACACAGUCAAGCGUGUAUCUAACAAUCUUUCAUUUCGUGAGGGUCCUGGACAGAAAUACUUAUCAUGAGCAAAUAUUCUUCUUUGGCACGUUCACUUCUGUUGGUUUCUGGAGCAAUGUCUUCCAUUGUAAUCGUGCUGUUUGGUGUGCUGCUCUGUGGAAAUGUUCUCAAAGCAGAGUUGGCUGGGAGUCUUGCAUCGUCACUGACAGUGCUGCCCGAGGCUGGCUUCUCUUCGCUGAUCCUGGACAACAUCCACUUAAGUAAUGGAAACGCCACUGGCUUCUACGUGACAUUCGGUCAAGCCAACUGCCCCAUCCAGAUCCAGGUGUGGCGCAGACGUAACUCCUUGCAGUACGAACUGCACUGGGAGACAGAGGUCAUCACCAGAGGCUCACCAGGAGUGUCAUUUGUGAACGUCAGUACCCCCGUCUAUAUCCUGGGAGAGAUUGACCGUCUGGGAUUCUCCAGUCUCUAUCGUGACAGCUCAUGCGUCGCGUUUGACAUCCAGGCAAACUCGGAGUCGCUCUUCUACAAGUACAUGAGCGGUGUGCAGCCCGUGCUGGGACAGAUCUACGCAUUCGCCACGUUCCACGGCGAUCACCGCUUCGGACUCCAGAUUGAAUACAUACUGUCUGCAAAGGAGUUGGCUAUGGGAGAUCCUCUGAAAACUGGAGUUCCAACUAAACAAGAAGUGAUCGGGUUCCACGUUGAGACGACCAAGACAUCCGACAUUGGAAUGAGCUCCUUUAUUCUGGAAGGCCUGAAGCUGAAGGCUGGAUGGGUGCAUGGCUACCGGGUCAGGGUGGAGACGGUGGGGUGCACCAUCGCUCUUCAAGUCUGGUAUCCUGACUCUGGAAACAAAUAUCUCUUGAAGGGACAGACCAUCUUUACGUCAACUGAAAUGGGAUAUUUCAAUGUUGAAGCGGCUGUACUGAACCGGUUUGCGAUCAAUGAAGAGGACCGACUUGGCUUCACGUCGUAUCACCCACACAGCUCGUGUGUUCCGUACCUGUUCGUGUCAGACCGGGAGAGCAGGAAGAAUGCCAAGACUGUUUUCUACAAGUUCUCGAGCAACAACAAGCCGCUCGUCAACGAGAGUCAGACGUUCAUUCCCUACCAAACCACGCUGCUGUUCGCCAUCGAGCUCGAGAUUCUCAUUCCCCUAGACGUGAUAACUGGGCCGACUGGGCCCGCGGGUCCACCUGGGGUUCCUGGACUUCAGGGACCAGCUGGACCCCCUGGAGUGCAAGGAGCAACUGGUCUGGUUGGAGAAAUCGGAAACAAGGGAGUGGGUGGGGAUGCUGGCCUGCCAGGCACAACAGGUAUCACUGGUUCCCCAGGAGAUGGAGGAAUUAAAGGCAGUCGAGGCUUGAGAGGACCCACAGGGCUAACUGGACCUGCUGGAGGGACCGGUUCCAUAGGAGUGACUGGGGUGACUGGACAGAGGGGUGCUGGUGGCCAGCGUGGCCCCGUGGGUAUCCGAGGUGACCAGGGUCUGAUAGGCGACACCGGGACGACGGGCAGUACAGGGUACGCACCCCAGGGCAGCACCGGGGUAAGUGGAGUGGCUGGACCAAUAGGAGCAACUGGCCUAGGUGGUAAUGUCGGACCAUUGGGCCAGGGAGGACCUGAUGGUAGUACCGGGGUGCAUGGAGUGGUUGGAGUGACGGGACCUGCUGGACCAAUGUGGUUACCUCUAGGUGGAGACUAUUGUCAGACGACCACCUUGCAUUGUAAGCAUUACUGUGAAAACACCGAGCUUGGACCUCGCUGUCGAUGUAAGCCUGGAUACAGACUGGUCGGGCAAACAGACUGUCAAGAAAUAAAUGAGUGUGCGUGUAGGAAUGGCGGCUGUCAGUAUUUCUGUACUAACAACAACGGAAGUUACUUCUGUCACUGUCCUCUGGGACUGAAACUGUCCAGUGAUGACCACAGAUGUGAUGACAUUAACGAGUGUGAAGAGAAGAGAGAUGACUGUUACUCGGGUCAGCUGUGUAUGAACAUCUGGACGAGUUACUACUGUGCGGGACCCUUCGAUGACAGCACUGCUUCUGUUGGGGAAACCGCUGCCCUGACCCAAGGUGUGAGAUUUCUAACCAAGAACAUCGUGAUUGGUCUCAUUCUGUGGAUGGUCCUUCUCACUCUGCUCAUCUUCACAUCCAUCAUCCUCCUCCUCUCAGACCUGCAAAACUGUUGUCGUGGAAACGACUCCCGUCCUCGUAAAGCACACCGUGAGUUCUACUACCCUUCCUUCUUCCCUCGCAUCAGUUUGGACCAGGGGCGCAUCGCUGACAAAGUUGAAGUGCUGGACAGUGCGAGGUCAAACGACGCCGGUGGAGUGGACAACUUGGGAGCUGAUCAUUUGAACGAGACAUCUGAGAUGGAUGGAAGGAGAGAAAAAGAACAACAGAAAUUGUAAAUGUCAUAUCAGAAAUUGAAGGAAGGAGAGAAAGAACAACCGAAAUUGUAAAUGUCACAUCAGAAAUUGAAGGAAGGAGUGAAAGAAAAAGAAUCGAGAGCAAAGGAAAUUGUGAGUGAUGACCAAUAAAGCAGUAGCAAAAUG